AACGUAUCUUGAUAAUAUAAAAAGACUGAUUACAGAGUAAAUUCUUAUCCAAAUCUAAAGCAACAGCAUCACCAUGCCACGCACAAUUCCCCUUCAGACCGCUCCAUACAGCGAACCUCUCCUUCCCCAACUCGACAUCAAGAACCCCUACUACACCGAUCUGCACCACAACCUCCGCGCCGCUGUCCGUGAAUACGUCGAUUCAUCCAUCGCCCCAUACGCCCAAGAAUGGGAAGAGGCGGGACAAGUCCCCGAAGCCGUUCGACGACGUCAUUGUGAGCUAGGCUUCGGCAUCGUCCAUCCGUUGACCACAGUUGAGGAUGCGGCGGGUUUGUCGCUUCCUGGGGACGUGCCGCGCGAGAAAUGGGAUACGUGGUGUGGAUUGAUUCUGACAGAUGAGCUCACGAGAACCGGGUAUGUUGGCGUGGUAUGGGGAUUGGGGGGUGGGAAUGCCAUUGGGUGUCCGCCUGUUGCGCGGUUCGGGACUCCGGAGCAGAGGAGGAGAUGGCUUCCUGGAGUUGCGAGAGGUGAUAUACGGUUUUGUUUGGGGAUUACGGAGCCUGAUGCUGGAUCGGAUGUUGCCAAUAUCAAGACUACAGCCAAACGUGAAGGCGAUUAUUACAUCGUCAAUGGAGCAAAGAAAUGGAUCACCAACGGUAUCUGGGCAGAUUAUUGUACUGCUGCUGUUAGGACUGGUGGUCCAGGAAGAUCUGGGAUCAGCUUGCUUGUGAUCCCUCUGGCUUCUCCUGGUGUUACUCGCAGGCGGAUGCACAACUCGGGCGUCAAUGCAAGCGGCUCGACAUUCAUCGAGCUCGACGGAGUCCGUGUCCCAGUCGAUCAUCUCAUUGGCGAGGAGAACAAGGGCUUCCCGUUGAUCAUGUCAAACUUUAAUCCAGAGCGCCUUGCUCUCGCCUGUGCAUCUCUGCGCCUAUCUCGCGUAUGCGCCGAAGAUGCCUUCAACUACGCCGUCCAGCGCGAGACUUUCGGCUCACCCCUAAUACAGAAACAAGCCAUUCAAUCCAAGGUAUUCAAGUUCGGUCUGAUGAUUGAGCCCGCCUACGCAUUCUUGGAGCAGCUCGCAAAUAUCCUCGAAUUGACAAAAGGUCGAUCCAGUGACGAUGUCAAAAUCGGUGGUAUGACUGCUUUGCUCAAGGUGAUGUCUACCAAGGCGCUGGAGAAGAGUGUCCGAGAAGCUCAGCAGGUAAUGGGAGGGGCAGGUUACAAUAAGGCUGGAAAGGGAGCGCGGGUUGAGCAGAUCAGUCGUGAUCUGAGAGUUCAUGUUGUUGGAGGUGGAAGUGAAGAGAUCAUGAUGAGUCUUGCGUUGCGAGAGGAGACCAAAGCACUUCAGACGAGACGGAAGGCUUUGGAGGCUAGGGAUUCCAAGAUGUGAAGUAGAAUUUCGAAUCAAGGCUCGUCGUCUUCAACAUAUCAUAUUACAGAGCGGAAGUAUGAGAAAUUAUCAUAUAAAUCAACACCAUGUUAUUGCCGAUAUCCGUCAGAGUGUUGCCAGAAGCCUUAUGAGAGAUCAGAUAAUGCCACACCCAAUAUCACCAGAACAGACAACUGAAUCCCCGCAUAUUAAAAAACCCACAAUCAAGACUGACACAAGUGAUCUUUCGCUCAAAAAGUUCAAACAAGUUCCCAAGGAUUGAUGAAUUCUUUUCUGUCACGAUCUUUAGAUUCCAGUUGCUCGAUUCGACGAUUGAUCACAUCAAGAUGCGCAAUCAUAUCCUUUGCCGCUAUCUUUAACAACUGGAGAU